AUGAAACUCUUUAGUUAUAUUGUGAUUUAUCGCCGGCUUCUCCUCAUAGUUUCCACUCCACUGCUUUUACUGCCCCUGCCUAUCAUCCUCCACACCAAGGAAGCAGAAUGUGCCUACACACUCUUCGUUGUUGCCAUAUUUUGGCUUACAGAAGCAUUGCCCCUGUCUGUAACAGCUCUGCUGCCUGGCCUAAUGUUCCCAUUGUUUGGAAUCAUGCCCUCUAAGACGGUGGCAUCUGCUUAUUUCAAAGAUUUUCACCUACUGCUAAUUGGAGUCAUCUGUUUAGCAACAUCAAUAGAAAAAUGGAAUUUGCACAAAAGAAUUGCUCUGAAAAUGGUGCUGAUGGUGGGUGUGAACCCAGCAUGGCUUACAUUGGGGUUCAUGAGCAGUACUGCCUUCUUAUCUAUGUGGCUUAGCAACACUUCCACUGCUGCCAUGGUGAUGCCCAUCGUGGAGGCUGUGGCACAGCAGAUCAUCAGUGCUCAAGCACAGGUCAAGGCCACUCAGAUGACUUAUUGCAAUGGAUCAAUCAAUCCCGGACUGGAGAUGGAAGAAUGUGUUAAUGGACAUGAAACAAAUGAGAAUAAAGAGAAGACAAAACCAGUUCCAGGACACAGUGAUGAUGCAGAGAACAUUUCAAACAAGAUGAAGUUGAGAAAGAAUACAGUCACAGGAAUCAAAUAUCCAACAAAGAAGGACCACAUGAUGUGUAAGCUUAUGUGUUUGUGCAUUACUUACUCUUCUACCAUUGGUGGACUGACAACGAUCACCGGUACCUCCACCAACUUGAUUUUUGCCGAGCAUUUCAAUUCGCGCUACCCUAGCUGUCGAUGCAUCAACUUUGGAUCGUGGUUUUUGCUUUCCUUCCCGGCUGCUAUUAUUAUUCUAUUCUUGUCCUGGAUUUGGCUUCAGUGGCUUUUCCUGGGAUUCGAUUUUAAGGAGAUGUUCAAAGGUGGAAAGACCAAGACAGUCGAACAAAAGGCUUAUGCUGAAGUGAUUAAGCAAGAAUACAAAAAACUUGGGCCAAUAAGGUAUCAGGAAAUUAUCACCUUGGCCCUCUUCAUUGUGAUGGCCCUGCUGUGGUUUAGCCGAGAUCCUGGGUUAUUUCCUGGUUGGUCUAAACUUUUUCCCGGGUAUCCUGGUUUUGCUACAGACUCAACUGUUGCCUUACUUAUAGGACUCCUAUUCUUUAUUAUCCCUGCUAAGAAAUUGACUAAAACUACACCUUCAGGAGAAAUUGUUGCUUUUGAUUACUCUCCACUGAUUACUUGGAAAGAAUUCCAGUCAUUCAUGCCCUGGGAUAUAGCCAUUCUUGUUGGUGGAGGGUUUGCCUUGGCAGAUGGUUGUGAGGCAUCAGGACUAUCUAUGUGGAUAGGACAGAAAUUAUCUCCUCUAGGAUCAUUACCAGUAUGGCUAAUAAUUCUGAUAUCUUCUUUGCUCGUCACAUCUUUAACAGAGGUUGCCAGCAAUGCAGCUACCAUUACUCUCCUUCUCCCAAUAUUAUCUCCACUGGCUGAAGCUAUUCACGUGAACCCUCUGUAUAUUUUGAUACCUUCUACUCUGUGCACUUCAUUUGCAUUCCUCCUACCAGUAGCGAAUCCAUCCAAUGCUAUCGUCUUUUCCUAUGGCCACCUAAAGAUUACUGACAUGGUUAAAGCUGGACUUGGCGUCAACAUUGUGGGCGUGGCUGUGGUGAUGCUGGGCACGUUCACCUGGAUUGUGCCCAUGUUUGACCUCCAUACAUACCCUUCUUGGGCUCCUUUAGUUAGUAAUGGGACCAUGCCAUGA